ACCACAUGCGAAGCUGAGGAUUGUCCCGCGUUUCUGUCUUUGAUAUUUUGUACAAGUUUCCUGCCCAAUUGAAUACCAGUAUGCCUGUCACCACAGUACCAGACCAAGUGAAAAAGAACAUCAGAGCAGUUCUCCUGUCCAAGGUGGGAGGGGUACUGGUCAGCGACCUGAUAAAGGACUACAAAAGCCUUCUAAAGGAACCCCUCAGAUUCAAAGACUUAGGAUUCUCCUCCAUCAAGGAAUUUGUUGAUGCUAUCCCAGAUGUUUGUAGGUUGGAGUAUGAUGAGGGAAUCAUGGCACACAAACUUUACGGCAUCGGGGACAAAUCAUCGUACAUGUCACUCAGUCAGAAAAGAGCGGAAAAGUCCAAGCCAAGCAUGGGUUCUAAUUCAAGAAACAGUGGUAAUACUAGGCGUGAAACUUGUGCUGCCGACUCAGAGUUACUGCCCAACAGCAAGGGUUUGUUCACUCUGUGUUACCCGAGGAACAAGGAACCAAAGGGAUUCGGUGAAAUGGACAUACAGAAUAAGUUUGGGGAGUUUGGAAACCUAGAAGAAAUUCAUACCAUUCCAGGACUGUUUUUCCUGCGGUUUUCGGAUAUUAAUUCAGCACAGGCAGCCUUAGAUAUGUACAGGGAGGAAUUGGAGCUUCGCCCAGCUUCAGAGAAAACCAAAAAUCGCAACUAUGUUAGCAAAGACAGGACAAAUAUGCAAGAGAAAACAACAGUCAAUAGAAAUGAUGAUGCCCCUCCCACCUCAACAACAGAAGACAUAGAAGUUUUCAUUGGAAACAUCCCUUUUGAGUCUGACCAUGAUACGUUUAAGAGAGAUGUACUUUCUCAAUAUGAACCUUACGAAGUCCGAAUAAAGACUGGAAAAGGAAAUGAUAAUAAAAAAAUAUUUGCCUUUGUAAAAUUCUAUGGAAGGGAUAGAGCCCAGGCAGAGGCCCUCAUAUCUAAAUAUGAUGGAUUUAACUACGAGGGUAGAAAGCUGAAUGUUCGCAUUUCUACUCAGGAUCCUCCUCUCCGGGAUUCUAGGAAACGAGCAGGUGGAUCAGGAGGCAAGGGUCCUUCACCAAAUAUCAAUAAAAGCAGAGUGGAGCAGCCGGAGCCAGCUUUUGAUGAGGAAGAAGAGAAGUGGGAUGAAGUUACAGAGAGUAAUGGCACCACCUCAGUGUGGGGGAAGAUACCACGUGAACCUAUCACAUCUCCAGCACCACCUCAACCCUCUGAUGUAAUGAGUGAACAAAUACUCCAGGACGAGAAACCUCCAGUGAGUGCCAUGGAAGAACUCCACAUCGACACUGACUUCCAUGUUAAUACAGAUUUUAGCUUCGCAAAGGAGAAAAACAGCCCAGCUCUGUCUGUCCAGAGUCGGAGAAGUCAAGGGAGUCAAAGGUCAAGGUCAGAACAACUUUCACAGUCUAAAUCAGUCCUCAUGGGGACUAACCCCCAGCCAACCCCAAAGAAGAGAAUUUCAGGAGGGUAUCCCAGGCAAGAGAAUAGCUUUGAUGAUAUGCCAAGUCUUGAGCCAGCAGGAAGUGGCAUGUAUCCUCCAACCCUACAACCAGCUGGAAAUGGAAGAUACCCUCCUCCCCAUUGGCAGACAGGAAGGGAGAUGUAUCCCCCACCCCUACAACGAGCAGGAGAUGGUGCAUAUGGUCAUCCCCCUCCUCUUCAACCUAGUCAGCAGGAACCACAACUCUUUGUCAGUAAUUUUCCCUAUGGAGAUAGCGAUGAGGAAUUGCUGGAUUUUUUCUCCCAGUAUGGUGCUUAUGAUAUUCACAUGAUAAACAGAAAUGAUCCAAAAGUUAGCACACGUGCGAUGAUUUAUGUGUCCAACAUGGAAGAGGCGGAGAGAGCGGUCCUCGAAUGUAAUCAGAUGAUCUACAAAGGGAGACGACUGUUGGUAAACAUAUCCAAGUACCUCGGUAAUUCCACCGUCAAUUUCCUCUCAUCGUACCAUGAAAUGGAGAAUAUCAAAUGUACUGUAACUUGUAACGAGGGGAGAACAGCAAAAGUUGAUAAGCCUUCAUUGACAGGCCCAGGUGGCGAUGGUCCUAAGCUACAUCAGCGACACUCCAGCCAAUCGUCAGUAGCUUCUUCACAGGACGAUGCGUCCUCCUCCUCCUCCACUACGACCAGGAGCUGGCAUUCCAUGCUUCAGACGUACAAGAUCAUUAUGAACACCCUUCAUCUUAAACCAUUUAACAUGCGACCCGAGACAAAAGAAAUCAUCAUCUACAUCACCUCUGUGUUUAAUCAAAAAAAUUUCUGGGGACAGAUUGUCAGAGAUGAGGACAGUCUUCAAGCAUUGACUGAGGUCAUGACAGCUCUUCAGGAUUCAGAACACAGAAUAGGUCCCACAAAAGGACUGGGUCGAUGUGCUGCCCUGUACAAGGACGAAUGGUACAGAGCCUGGAUCAUAGGAGAGAAGUCCACCCAGAGACAGGUUGAUGUGUUCUUUGUAGAUUAUGGAAACACUGAGAUCAUAGACAAAAGGAAGACCAGUCUGACCACACCCUUCAUCUGGGAGACUAAACCUAUACUCCAACCAUUUGUCAUCUCAGAAGGCUGUAAAAUAGAUAUUAAGGAAAGUUCUUUAGUGAGUGCAACAAUGGUCAGAUAUGGAGUGGAUGAAACAGGUUAUGCAGUAGAAGUGAACAUUGAUGGAUAUGUUCAGUAAAGAGUUGUCUACCCUCCAGCAGAACAUAUAGAAACCAUGCUGGACUAAAGGGACUUAACUCCUCUUGGGUAUUGGUUGCUUUUCUUAUGUUAAAAAAAAAGGUUUUAUACAAAUGUUAAUAUAAACAGUGAGUUGUGCAACAUUUAUAUAUUAAUGUUGGCUAGUGUUAUUCUUUAAUGCAGUGUACUAUAAACCUGGAUAUGUAUUCAUAAGUGUACAAAUGUGUUCAAUUAUGUAAAUUUGUAGCAAAAACCAUACAUGUAGGGGUUAUUUCCAUGAUACCAAUAUGUUAUAUUGUUAAUGCUCAAAGAUAUUGGAAUGUAGGCAAAAAUUUAUUGUCAGAUUUUUUAUCACAUGUGCAGUGUAAAUUACACCACACAUAGAUUUCCAAAUUUACAGUAUUAUUGUUUUUGUAGACACAUGACAUUAAGAACAAGAAUUCUAAAAUUCCAUAUCUUUGGUGUUUUGUAUCAAAUGAAAUAAGAACAUUUUUCAAUGUAUAAAUGCUCUUUUCAAAGGACCAGAUUCACAAAAUUUUCAAUCGCAAAAUAAAAACUUCUUGUAGAUGUACGGUAUCAAGUAUACAGUACCAACCAGACCCAACCUGACACCAGAGCAGUCCCAGAAAGCAGUCCCCGGGACUGCUUUGGGACCGCUCUGGGACUGCUGUGGGACUGCUCUGGGACCGCUGUGGGACUGCUAUGGGACUGCUCUGGGACUGCUGUGGGACUGCUCUAGAAAGCAGACCCAGCAGUCCCAGCAGUCCCUGGGACUGCUUUCUGGGACUGCUUUGUUCACUCAUGCGUGAAAAAGGUUCUGAGUGACAUG